AUGAGGACAAAACUCUUAAAAUUAACAAGACAGAAUAGUUGUUAUAACGAACUUUGUUUGGUGUUACCACCAAAUGAAGCAAAAGAUAUUCAUGAACAACUUAUAAAAUCAUUAGAUCUAGCUACCCUGAAUAAAAAUCCUGUUAAAAUACAUAUUUUAAUUGUAUUGUUCCUGAUUGGUAUAGAUAUCAUUAAAUCAGGAUUCUUUACAACCUACCAAGAGAUCACCAUCACAAUUCAAAGCUAUGCUCAGGCAGUGUUUAACAAUACUACUGUAUCACCACAAUCGUCGAGUGUCGGAGGUUUCCACUCGGAGCAAAUCGAUAGAAUACUUAAUACACCCAUUCCUGAAUACUUAAAAACACCAAUCUUACCUUCACCACAAACUUCCUAUUCAAACUACACAAGUCACUCUAGUAUUGAGAUGUAUCAAUCAAAUAUUAAUAACAAUAACAACAGUAAUAUUAUCUAUGAAUCUGAAGAAACCAACAACAACAACAACAACAACUAUUAUAAUUAUAGCAGUUACAAUAAUAAUUUAAUAUCAAACGACCAAAACAACUACAAUAACAACAAUAGCAAUAAUCCAUAUCAAUCAUAUCCUGGAUUCUUUAGUAGCUCAUCAUCAACAACCAAAAAUCAAACUUUAGACAGUAAAGGUAAAGAUCCAGGAUAUUCAAGAGGUCUAGAAGAGAUUUGUACGGAUUUUAAUAAGAAAUAUGGAUUCAGAGGAAUAUCGUUUAUCUGCGUGAAAUCAGGAUUCUUUACAAACCACCAAGAGAUCACCAUCAUCAUCCAUGACUAUGAUCAGACAUUAAACUAUGCUACUGUACCACAACAACAUCGUCAAAUCACUCUACAACAACGACAACGACAACAAUAUUAA